AGGUGGCUGGCGGCCCUCGGGGUGGCACCUCCGCCCCACUCCCGGCCCUGCCUGCUCGGCGACCGGAUCCCGCUUCGCAGCGCCUCGGGUGUCGGCUCGGCGGGGAUACUGAUUGAGUCAGCGUUUACAUUGGUUCCUGAUGAUUGCCAUACAGCUGAGAUAUGCCUGCUGUUGAGAGUGAAGCCAAAGUAAAAACCAAAGUUCGCUUUGAAGAACUGCUGAAGACCCACAGUGAUCUAAUCCGUGAAAGAAAAAGACUGAAGAAAAAACUUGCCAAAUCUAAAGAAAACAUUUCAGGUGAUGCUGUUAAAAACAAUCUUCAGAAUAUUAAAGAAAAUGAAAGUGGUGAUGUAAAUGCUACUGACACGAAUAACCAAGGGAAUAGCAUGCGAGUCAGUAAGACCAAACUGAGAAAUAUUCAGUGUGCAGCUGAAAACCCAAAUGAUGGUGUCAGUGUAGAGGAAGACAAGCAAAGGAAGCCAAGCAGAAGGGUUGGAAAGGCAGCGCCCCAGGUGCCCGCUCAGGACAUGGAGCCAGAGACUCCUGAGAAGGCGGGCUCUGCCCAUCAGAAAGCACGAGCGAAGCCUCAGCCUGGCGUUGGCCAUCAGAAAAGUGAGAAAACACGUGAGGGACUGGAGAAUGAUGAUUUGGAUGAGGAAGAACUGAUGCAAGCAUAUCAGCUUCAAGUAGCUGAGGAAAUGGCCAAGGAGAUUAAGAAGAAAAUAAAAAAGAAACUGAAAGAACAGCUGACUUACUUUCCCUCUGAUACUGUAUUGCAUGAUGACAAGUUGAGCAGUGAGAAAAGAAAAAAGAAAAAAAAGAAAGUUCCAGUUCUGUCUAAAGCUGAAACAAGUUCACUGACUGACUGUAAUGACCCAGAUGAAGGCAAACAAAAGAAAGGAUCUCCAGUUGGAGCGGUGACUUCUAAGUCUCAUCAAGCUGAUGACAUAAGCUCAGCCGAACAUGAUGCAGAAGACAGCAUGCAAGAAAACACCAAACCUAAACCCAAAAAGACAAAAAAGAAGGUUAAAGCAGUUUCAAAUGAUAAUGAAGACAUGGAUGGUGAUGGUGUUCAAGAAAUAACCAGUCGAGACAGCCCAGUUUAUCCAAAAUGCUUGGUUGAUGAUGACCUUGUCCUGGGAGUUUACAUUCACCGAACUGAUCGGCUUAAGUCAGACUUUCUGAUUUCUCACCCAAUGGUUAAAAUUCACGUCAUUGAUGAGAAUACUGGCCAGUAUGUCAAGAAAGAUGACAGUGAACGGCCUGUUGCAUCUUACUAUGAAAAAGACAAUGUGGAUUAUAUUCUUCCUAUUAUGACCCAGCCAUAUGAUUUUAAGCAGUUAAAAUCAAGGCUUCCGGAGUGGGAAGAACAGAUUAUAUUCAAUGAAAAUUUUCCAUAUUUGCUUCGAGGUUUUGAUGAGAGUCCUAAAGUCAUCUUGUUCUUUGAGAUUCUUGAUUUCUUAAGUAUGGAAGAAAUUAAGAACAACUCUGAAGUUCAAAACCAGGAGUGUGGCUUUCGAAAGAUUGCCUGGGCAUUUCUUAAGCUUCUGGGAGCCAAUGGAAAUGCAAACAUCAAUUCCAAACUUCGUUUGCAGCUGUUUUAUCCACCUACUAAACCUCGAUCCCAGUUAAAUGUUGUUGAAGUAUUUGAAUGGUGGUCAAAAUGUCCCAGAAAUCGUUAUCCCUCAACAUUAUAUGUAACUGUAAGAGGAUUGAAAGUUCCAGAUUGUAUAAAACCGUCUUACCGCUCUAUGGUGGCUCUUCAGGAAGAAAAAGGUAAACCUGUGUAUUGUGAGCGUCACCAUGAGCCAAGUUCGGUAGAGACAGAACCUGGAUUAGAAGACUCCAAGGAAGUAGUGAAGUGGAACCGGCUGCCUGGGCAGGCCUGCCGGAUCCCGAACAAGCACCUCUUCUCACUGAAUGCGGGAGAACGCGGGUGCUUCUGUCUUGGUUUCUCCCACAAUGGACGCAUACUAGCAGCAGCCUGCGCCAGCCGCGACGGCUACCCCGUCAUAUUAUACGAAAUUCCUUCUGGACGUUUCAUGAGAGAGUUGUGUGGCCACCUCAAUAUCAUUUAUGAUCUUUGCUGGUCCACAGAUGAUCGCUAUAUCCUGACUUCUUCAUCUGAUGGCACUGCCAGGGUAUGGAAAAAUGAAAUCAACAAUACAAAUACUUUCAGAGUUUUACCUCAUCCUUCUUUUGUCUACACGGCUAAAUUUCAUCCAGCCACAAGAGAGUUGGUGGUUACAGGAUGCUACGAUUCUGUGAUACGAAUAUGGCAAAUUGAUACAAGAGAAGAUUCUGCCGUAUUGAUUCGACAGUUUGAUGCUCACAAGAGUUUUAUCAACUCUCUCUGUUUUGAUCCUGAAGGCCAUCACAUGUACACAGGAGACUGCACAGGAACGAUUGUUGCUUGGGAUACCUAUGUCAAGGUGAACGACUUGCAGCAUUCAGUGCGCCACUGGGCUGUAAAUAAGGAAAUUAAAGAAACUGAAUUUAAAGGAAUUCCAAUAAGUUACUUGGAGGUUCAUCCCAAUGGAAAACGUUUAUUAAUCCAUACCAAAGACAGUACUUUAAGGAUUAUGGAUCUCCGAAUAUUAGUAGCAAGGAAAUUUGUCGGCGCAGCCAAUUACCGGGAGAAGAUCCACAGCACCUUGACACCGUGCGGCUCCUUUCUCUUUGCCGGAAGUGAGGACGGGGUGGUGUAUGUGUGGGACCCCGAAACAGGAGAACAAGUUGCAGUGUAUUCUGACCUGCCGUUCAAGGCACCAAUUCGAGACAUUUCAUACCAUCCUUUUGAAAAUAUGGUUGCUUUUUGUGCAUUUGGGCAGAAUGAGCCAAUUCUUCUGUAUAUUUAUGAUUUCCAUGUAGCCCAGCAGGAAACGGAAAUGCUCAAACACUGUAAUGGAACAUCGCCACUACCUGGAAUAUACCAAAGUCAGGAUGCUCUGUGCACCUGCCCAAAGCUGCCCCCUCAAAGCUCUUUUCAGAUUGAUGAGUUUGUGCACACCGAAAAUGCUUCAUCUAAGAUGCAGCUCGUGAAACAGAGACUCGAAACUGUCACAGAGGUGAUACGAUCCUGUGCUGAAAAAGUCAACAAAAACCUAUCAUUUACCUCACCAGCCCCAGCCUCCUCGCAGCAGUCCACGUUUAAACAGUCAGAGCUGCUGGACAGACAGGCAGCCGUGCUGGCCACAGGCGCUCGGGACAUCCUGCAGCACUUUGGUUUCCCUCACUCCGGAAUGGUCAGCGCAGAAAGAAGGCCUCGCAACCAUCAGGUAGACACAGCACCAACGGUAGUGGCUCUUUAUGACUACAUGGCGAAUCGAUCAGAUGAACUAACCAUCCAUCGUGGAGACAUUAUCCGAGUGUUUUUCAAAGAUAAUGAAGACUGGUGGUAUGGCAGCAUAGGGAAGGGACAGGAUGGUUAUUUUCCAGCUAAUCAUGUGGCUAGUGAAACACUGUAUCGAGAACUGCCUCCAAAGAUUAAGGACAGAUCCCCUCCUUUAAGUCCUAAGGAAAAAAACAAAACAGAAAAAACUUCAGCUUCUCAAAAGCCUGGCAGUAAGGACAAGUCCCCGGAUUUCAGACCCAGCUCACAGUUGAUGACACAUUCUGAAAUAGGCAAAGAACAGAGCCAGGAGGACCGUGGGCACAAACUGGAUACACAGGGUAAGAAGAAUGAACAAACAAGCCGAAAAGUCACCCUAAUAGAGUGAAAAGUUAAAGAAGAAUGGAGACACAGCAAGUACACAGAAAUGAAAUGACAGGUUAAACCAUAUUGAACUUCUCUCCAGAGUUCAGAAUUUUCAGAUAAUAAGGAAGAAAGGAAGCAUCAAUUACUUGUCUCCUUUCAAAAGCAUAUAGACAAAGCAGAAGUGAGAAACAGGUGGAAAAAUCAAUGUGGCCUCCAAGCUUAACUGUUACAACCCAUUGUGAUUGAUGUUGAUCAAAGUAUUGGUACUUGUAUUUUUAGUAAUUGCGUCAAAAUUACACUACCACUGUCAAAGAAACAAUAAAGAAAAACCAUAAUUGCUCUUUAGCAAAUAUGAAUAAAAAGCAUUUGCAUUGUUAGGGUGUCUGUUCAGUAAUCAUUUAAUAUUGUAUUUGUAAUGUGGUUACCUAUAUGAAUGUUAUGCUCAGAAUAUGAAAUACCUGCCUUUAAAAUUACCUUUAUUUAAAAGACAAGCUGUUUCAUAAUAUUGUGCAUUCCAAUUGAUUCCAGUAACAAAGGCAUUAAAACCAUCUGCUUUUUUUUAAACCAUCUGCUUUUUAGAAUUGAAAUUUGUGUUCCUUUCAGUGACUCAUACAUGUAAUAUGGCACACCUAAACCAAAAAUUAUUUUUUAAGCUGGAUUGACAAAAGGUUCCCAAGUUCCCUUACAUUUUAAAUAAGGCAUUUCAUAUUUAAGCAUAAAAUAAUUUAUAGAGUGUGAUUGUUUAAUAUUUUAGUGUCACUAUUUGUUUUUAAAGUAUUACAUUUAUUUAUUUCUUUAGUGCCUGGAUAACAGUGUCAUCCCUGUGUGACUGUGUUUUGCAGUUGGAAACAAUAAGGAAAUUAUUGUUUUUGUUUUUUUCUCUUUCGGUCUUCUCCUUUCCCUAUUUUGUGAUAAUUCUGUUGAUAAAAAUGUUCAGCUCCCAGAAAGUCAAAACUGACACAGAAGUGUCAGUUGGAAAAGUAACUUACUAAACUAGACAAUUGAGUCUAUUAAAAUAAGAAGUGAGAAAGGCAGUGUUGGGCACUGAGGUGUAAAUUUUGACCAGAUGUGUGUCUACCCCACGUGAAAUAUCUCCUAGUAAAAACAUAUUUGGCCCCUAUCCCUGCACAUGUCUAAGGGGCACAGACAUUGAUAAACAUAACCCAGCUGCGUGCAACUUUAAAAAAAAAGAAGUGUUUCUAAAAGUGUUGGGUGGCAUUGGUGAUGGUGCCCGCGCUGCAGCCAUCAGCACGGGGGUCUCUUGUGAUGUCGUGUUUCCUGGUGCUUGUGUCUACUUCAGGUACAGCUGGGCCCUGCCAGCUUUAGUUGCCCUUGUACAAACUUGUGUUUUUUUGGUUUUGUUUUUGUUUUUGUCUUGUGAAUGCACUUGAUAAUUUAAAAAUAAAAUACACUUCUCUCUGCCAUUGCAGCUUGCAAUUUUAAGAUGUGUCUUGAAUCUCUGGCUUUGGUUUUAAUUACAAAUAGUAUCCACACAUUAGAGAAAUAGUUAAAUCAGUGUGAAUGUAUAGGGAAAACUAAGCAUUUGCUAACAUUUCAAUGUCCAUAUGAAAAAAAAAAUACGGAUUAUUUGUAAUGUUGGAACUACAGAAGACAAAAG